AAACCAUUAUGGAGAAUACCAUUGCUACGCCUAAGGAUGUUAGCAAUGAUGGCACCAAUAAUAAGCGAACUGCCAAUUACAACCCAAACAUUUGGGAUUAUGAUUUUGUGCAGUCAAUACGAAGCAAUUUUGCAGGUGACACUUGCAAAAGAAGAAUUAAGAAGCUAAAGGAGGAUGUGAGGCUUGUGCUCAUAAAUAAUAAUGAGAUGGUCCCAUUGGCUCAACUCCACUUGAUCGAUGACCUCCAAAGGAUAGGUCUUGAGUAUCACUUUGAAAAGGAGAUCAAGGAAGCAUUAGAUGCUUUGAUAUCAUUCAUCAAUAUUAAUAAUGGUAGAAUUAGUGAUGAUGGUGAUCUCCAUUCUACAGCGCUUUGCUUCAGGCACCUCAGGCAACAUGGCUAUUUUGUGUCCCAAGAUGUGUUUAACAAGUUCAUGGAUGAAACCGGUAAUUUCAUAGCAAGCCUUUCUCAGGAUGUGAAAGGAAUGCUUUGCUUGUAUGAAGCUUCACAUCUUGCUCUAGAGGGGGAAAGCACGAUGGACAAAGCUACAGCUUUCUCUAGAAGAACUCUAAUAAAGGAUGUAAAGGGAAAUAUUGACCCAUACCUUGCUGAACAAAUUGCCCAUACCUUGGAGGUUCCUUCCCACUGGAGGAUGCAAUGGUCCGAAGCUGGGGGGUACGGUAUCGUAUUUGAGAGAAAGGAGCAUAUAAAUGCUAGUUUACUAGAGCUAGCCAAAUUGAACUUCAAUAUGGUACAAGCUACCCAUCAAGGAGAGCUUAGGGAAAUAUAUAGGUGGUGGAAGAGCGAGGGCUUCGCUGAGAAAUUGAGGUUUGCAAGGCAUCGAUUAGUGGAGUGUUUCUUAUAUUCAGUGGGAUUAGUUUAUGAGCCUCAAUAUGGUUGUCUGAGGAAAUGGCUGACAAAACUCAUGAAUCUGAUUAUCCUAAUUGACGAUGUCUAUGAUAUUUAUGGGUCAUUGGAUGAACUCGAGCAAUUCACUGAUGCAGUCAACAGGUGGGACAACAAGAAAAUUGAGCAUCUUCCAGACUUUAUGAAGAUAUGUUUUCUAGCUCUUUAUGGAACAACAAAUGAAAUCUGCAAUGGCGUUCAGAAAGACCAGAAUAGGAACAUCAUGACUCAUCUUAAGAAAGUGUGGAUAGAUUUUUCUAAAGCAAUAUUGGUGGAGGCAAAGUGGUACAAUAGCGUAGACUCACCAUCUCUACAAGAGUAUCUAGACAAUGCAUGGAUCUCAUCCUCAGGGGCCAUCCUUCUAGUUCAUGCAUAUUUUUUUUUAUCCCAAGAGACUAGUGAUGCUGUAGAUUUCCUGGAAACCCAUCAGAAUCUUGUGUACUAUCUAUCCAUGAUCAUUCGACUUCGCAAUGAUUUGGGGACUUCAGCGGCGGAGUUAGAGAGAGGUGAUGCUCCAUCAUCAACCCUUUGUUACAUGAGGGAAGCAGAAGUUUCUGAGGAGAUAGCUCAAGAGCACAUAAAAGGCAUGAUAUUGGACUCAUGAAAGAAAAUGAAUGAAAAAUGUCAUCUUCCACUCAUCUCAUUUUCC